ACAGUAUUGUCUGAGUUCCAGAUGGGAUGAAUUGAAACUUGACCAAUAUUUCUGUCUACCAGAAUGAGAAGGUAGGACGGGAAGGCUCAGAGAAGGGAGAUGAAUGAAGCUGUGGGGCUGGAUGGUUAGGGAGGGGCUAUAGUCCAGCCGCCACCUCCUCUGCUAAUCCCUCUUACCCCCAAGGGCCCUUUGUGAUGGGACCACAGGUCUAUGAUGCAAGCCUAGUACUUUAGUCCCCAGGUGCACACCCUGGCUCAGUUGCCUGAGGGCAGUGGUGAUUCAGAUGAUGGAGAAUCUGCCCUUUUCUCUGGAAAGCACUUCUGAUACUUGGCUGAACUCCAGCUCCCCUUUCUGUGUGAUCGAUACCAUCCUCGCCUUUCUGUGUGGACUGGGGCUCUUUUUCCUGAUCCUUCCCUACCUGGAGAAAAACCCAUCCUUUCCUUCCCCUAGGAAACACGGAAACAUCAGGAAGGUAAGGAACUCUUGGUCCACACUGACAAGCAUAUGCACAAUCUUUCAUCCGAAAGCAAUUCAUACCCUAGAACAUCACUUUUUGAAAAAGCAAGUAGAAAGUGGGAGAACUUUACCCUCUUUGGUUAAAAAAUCUCAGCAAGUGUUUAGCCAGGUUAUUCCAAACCUUCCCCAGGAAAGCAGGUCUUCCCAGACCCACAGCUCUGUCUCCAUCUUUCCUGGGGAUUUGAUCAGCCCUGAGGUUUCAGAAAAAUUGGAGCACCACAUUUCCAAAAGGUUCAUGGAACAAGAAAGCAGCCUGCCCUGCAGAAUCCAAGCUUCUCAAAGGCUGAUGCAGCCUCAGGAUCAAUUCCCAAGGCCUUGUCAGGCACAGGGCAGGGAGGGGCCCUCAAGUCCCUCUGCAGGUCGAGGCAAAAGGAGCCAUGAUGCACAGAAGAUGAGGUCCAAGUGCCCAGCACGAAUCCUACCAGGGACAGACCGGUGCCCUGAUGUAGGGCAGAGCGUGGGGGGAGCCCAUAAAGUUCUAUACGUGACAUCAGCAAACCACCCAAUGAAGGUUCCAGUAGCAAAACCUCAAUCAGAAAAAGAGCUGAGCCCAGGCAGGAAGCAUCCAGAAAAAGUCUUGGGAGCCCUUAUAAGCAAGAAGGCACAGCAGAUCUGUGAGGGUCAAAUCCCUGUGAAUGUCCAUUGUUCCAGACUUGCUGCCAACCACUUCCUAGACCUUCCUGGAGAGUUAAACGCUCCUACAGGAACAGAAGACACAGGUUGUUCUCAGGAUGGGGAAGCCUCUAUGAACAUCUCCCAUGAGUCUCCUGUUGUCAGUCCUUAUAUUCAGCAGGGGCUGGAAGCUUCUGUAUUAAAGACUCGGGUGAGGCACAGAUGGGCCCUGGUCCUCAAGGUCUUCAAGUUUAUAUUUACCUUAGAGUUGAAAAAUGCUUCCUGCACACGCCUUCCAAGAUCCACCUUGAAGGCCACCAGUGACACUGGGGACCACCCAAAAGCCCAGCUAACCAAGGACUCGGGAAAACAUCCUCAGCCCCAUCCAGGAAAGAAAGUCACAACAACGGAGGUGGUGCCCCACCUGGAGAGGCCCCUCACUGCCCCUUCAUGGGCGAUUGAGGAAACCUGGCAGGCUCUGGAAGGACCCCCACCUGGAAAUAUGCAGAAACCCUCAAAGGCACCUCUGACUGGGCAGGAAGUCAAGCCACCUUCUCAGCACACCACAUACAACUUUGCGGGCAGAAUUUGGCACAGUGAGUCUGUCAUGAAGGCUGACAGAGGCAGCCUGGAGUCCAGUCCAAGUCCAGCAAUGGCCAGGAACGUGCCACAAGAGAGAUCCGGGGGGUGGACCACCCCAGGAUCUUGCUCUGGUGAGACAGUCAUGGACCUCAGUGAGCGUUCCCAGUCUUACAGAGAACAACAGGCUGUGGAGGGAGACCCUGCUAGGAAAGAUAGUUUUGAACCAAGUCUACUAACCAAGUCCCAAAUCAUCAGUAUUGAUAUGAAGAAAUCAGUUCCUAAGGUCCAACACAAAUCCUUCCUUGAACACAAAACCGGAAGAGCCCCGCAAAAAUGCAAGCCUGCCGCGAGCACUGCCCAGAGCCACAGAACUGUCAAAAGUCGUCUGAUUCACGGCAAGGCUGUUGAGACUCAGGCUCUCAUGACAGCUGUUGGACAGAUCUUAGAGGAGAAGGUGGCGCUUCACUGUGGACCACACGCCUCAGAAUUAAACUGGUACAAAGUAGAACUCCAGGCCCCAUGAGCUCCACCUUACUGCUACCACAGGUUUCUCUCCUAUCAAGGACAAAGGAGAGUGAUCAGACAAACAGCCCACCAGCAGCAAGCUACGCCCACGGGCCACGGGUGUCCUACGCAGAGUAAGUGGACCAGGCCCACGGACAGCACGUGGCCUUUCCCAUCCAGGGAGCCAGGCCCCCGUCUGGGCAGAGCCUACCAGCGUGGAUCAAGAACGACAAGUGUCCCAGGCCGUCCCCUCCACUGUCCAAGGCACUGUCUUCUUCAGAAAUAUGCCUCUUCUCAAUCAGAACAUGCUCGUUACAGCUUUCCUAGUAGGAAAAGCCUUUCCCAAGAGAAAAAUGUAUACCAUCCAGAUAAAAACAUGUUUUUCUCUUAUUAGCACA